AUGAGCUGGUGGGACUGUAUCGCGUUGCCAGAUGAUGUUGAUCCGUCAGAUGAAAGUGCCUUCAAAAUGCAGAUAAAGGAUCUUGCAUGCACGAAAUGGAUGCAUUGGAAGGCUGUUCUAAAGUAUGCCAAAAGUGAUGUCAAUGAAUGGAAAAUGGUGGAGGUUCAAGAGGAGUCUGUUCCUAUAUUGAUGCCAGCUUUUCAUACAUCUCAGAGGAACAACCAUACUUGGAGAAGACCUCCAUUAGGGUGGCUUAAAUGGAAUCUUGAUGGAUCGGUCUACAACACAGACACAGACGCUUCAGCAGGUUGGAUACUGCAUGAUGCAGAUGGGUUCUAUCUAUAUUCGGUUCAAGCUAUAGAAAGGAAAGUAAGUACUGCAAUGGAAGUGGAGUAA